AUGGGCUCCGAGCACUACCCGCUCCGCCAAAGCGGCAUCUACCACAACCUGCCUCAGUUCGACGACUCAAUCAAGGACCUCACGGCCAUCGUCACCGGCGCCAAUGGAAUCUCUGGGUUUCACACCUGUCGCGCGCUGUUGGAGUCUCCGCAGCGCUGGAGCAAGAUUUACGCCAUGUCUCGACGUCCACCGCCAGAGAGUAUGAUGGCCCUGCUCACACCAGAGCAGCGGAGCAAGAUCCAGCACGUGGCAAGUGAUUUCCUCAAGAGUCCAGAGGAGUUGGCCCAGGCCAUGAAGAAGGCUGGAGUUGAGAGGGUGGAUUACGUCUUCUUCUACUCUUACCUCCAACCCAAACCACCCCCGAACUCACCUCCAUGGUCCAACGCCCAAGAGCUCGCCGACGUUAACAGCGCGCUCCUGCGCAACUUCCUCUCCAGCCUUCCCCUCCUCGACCUGCACCCCAAGCGCAUCCUCCUGCAGACCGGCGCCAAAAACUACGGCGUGCACCUCGGCCGCGCACGAGUGCCCAGCCUGGAAUCCGACCCGCAACCUAAGCACCUCGAGCCCAACUUCUACUACCCCCAGGAAGACCUCCUGUUCGCGUACUGCGCCGAGCACCCGGAGACCGGCUGGAACGUCAUCAUGCCGGCCUGGAUCAUCGGCGCCACCGCCAACGCGCAGAUGAACGCCCUGCAUCCUUUCGCCGUGUACGCCGCCGUGUGCGCCAAGCGAGGGCAGCCCCUGCUCUUCCCCGGCGACUGGAGCGGCUGGCAGGGCUACGCGUUCCACUCGAGCGCGCGCCUGACGGGCUACCUGAGCGAGUGGGCCGUGCUGGAGGAGAAGUGCCGCAACCAGCGUUUCAACAGCCAGGACACCAGCCCCGUGACGUGGGACCGCUGGUUCGAGAGGUUGGUCGACUGGUUCGGCGUCGAGAAGGGCGUGGGUCCGCCUCCGGAUGUGCUGGAGCAGCCGGUGGUCAUCAAGGGCAAGGCCGGGAAGGAUACGCCCAUGGGGUAUGGCCCGCCGACCGAGGUGAGGCUGCAGUUCACGUUGGGGAAGUGGGCGGAGGACGAGGAGAAUCAUCAGGCGUGGAAGGAGCUGAUGAAGGAGAGUGACGGAAAGCUCACGCAUGAUCCGUUUGAGGACAUCGAGGCGCAUUUCACGUUCGGUGACGGCGCCAUCAUGGGCGUCGGCGGGUGUAUGAACAUGAACAAGGCGAGGCGGCUGGGCUGGACGGGCUUUGUCGAUACUGUCGAGAGUGUAUUUGAGAUGUACUGGGAGAUGGGAGGCGACGGCAAGGCAGGCAUUGGUAUGGUGCCUGCCAUGAAGGUCAAGGAGCCGCAGCCGUUGGUGUGA